CCCGACGGUGGCACACAAUAAAGCGACUCACUGCAUGCACAAGGCCUAGAAUAGCAAGGACCUGAUUCCCUGGCCGAAAUUGCGGCCGAGGGUGGGGCAGGCUGCAUAAAAACACACAGUUUGGCUUCGUGCAGGCGAAACCGCCCGGGGCGAGGGAGGGGAAUAGACCCAGAAUCUAAUGUUGGCGACCUAAGAGGAAGAAGCUGUCCCCGCCAUCAUCAUCAUCAUCAUCAUCAUCAUCAUCAUCAUCAUACAAUACCCCGUAAAUCAAUUCCAGUCGUUGGGGACAUCCCAGCCUUGAUGCGGGGAUCCGGCCUUGGUCGUGUUUCUAAAGCUUCGCUCGACAAUCCUCCUGAACACCCCCCACAAAAAUGUCGUCUUCGGGCGGAGAUUCCGCGGCUGUGACGCCUUUCAGGGAGAGCCGCAACUCCUCGCCGGCCACUCCGGCGGACACACCCAGCAUUGGCGUUGGUUCGAAGGAUGCCGUCGUCGCCGGACAAGGAGACAGCGGCCAUGGCGUCGACACGCCCAGGAGGCCGGACGUCAAGCCGACGCUCCUGGAGACGCAGCUUCAGCAUCUGCAGGCCAGACUGGCCGAGCUCGAGCAGCAGGUGGAGCGCGAGAAGCACGAGAAAGGGCCGGCUGUAUCCCUACUCCCUGACAUUACUCUGCCCAUGUUUUUGGCCACCCAGGAGAUCCAUGACCCGUACGCGGCUAGUGGGAUAUCUUCUAUGUUGGAGAACAAUGAGUUCAGUGAGUUUCGUGGCAUGGAUAAUUCUGUGCCGCCAGGCGCUAGGUAUGUAGCCCAUGCCAUCAAGGGGCUCGAAAAACAGCUACAUAUGCUUCGAGAGGAGCAGGGAAGAGCUCUGGAGAGAAACAGCGACUGGGUGCGGUUGCGGGAUAUGGAACAGAAGUGGGCUGCUGAACGCGAGGAGCUGCUUAUGAAGCAGCGCCGGCGCCAGCGCAAAGACGCCACUGCUGGAAAGCCCCCGAAAGAGAGCGCGGACGGCUUGGAUGCCAAGGCGGGGCGGCCCCCGCAGGUGCCCGAUAUCAACGAGGUCGACUGGCCGACAUUCUUGCUUGGUCCCUACAGCGACCCCCAGGUGCCCAUUUUCGCCAUCGACGUGCUAAAGGGCGAACCCGUCGUCACCUGGCAGGCGCCCAUCAACACGUUUUACAGCUCUCCUAACGGGUUGGGGGCGGCCUCCCUGAGGGCUGCUGAGGACAAACCCAAGCCACGCAAGCCUGCCAACGCCAAGCCGCCGUCCGUCACGGGCCAGGCUCCGCUUCCCGAGCGUAUCCGGAUCAACUCCAAGUACAUCAUUCGGAUCAUGGAGAGUAUAGAUGAAGCUUCAAUCACCGAACCCGUCGUUAUGUUGAGGCCGUACAAGUUUCUAGCCUUCUACGACGGACCCAUCAGGCAAAUCCUCCGGGACCUAGAAAAGAGGUUCGGGAAUGCGGAGAUCAAGGAGGAGGAUUCCCAAGUCUCGUCAGUUGCGGUUGUGGCAUCCAAAGAGCCGACCCCAGGUGGCGGCGCCCGCGCCGGGACAGAGACCGCGGGUUGGGGCGGCGAGCGUGAGGAAGUCAUGGCCAAGGCCGCGCCGGAAGUGAAACGUGCGGGAGAAAACGACGAGGCUUCAGAGGAUGAGGACGAGCCGGACGAGCCAGACGAGCCAGACGAGCCGGACGAGCUGACGUGCUCCAGGGCCGCCUACGAGCACCUACAGUGCCUGGUGCGGUUUAUGGACGAGCGCCUCCGGGCUAAGACCGACUUCCUCUCCAGCAGCAACUGUCAGACCGUGACCUUCGCCGACGUCUGGCACCUGUUCAAGCAGGGUGAUGAGGUUAUCGAACGGAGCCGGCGGCAGGUCUACCGCGUUAUCAGCAUUUCGGGCGCGCCCCACAAAGUCUUUUCGCCUUACGGUAGGAGCUGGAAUAGGGCAGCGAAGGCGCGGGCGGAUACGCCCGUAAUCCUUAAGUGCGCGUAUAUCGACUUUGAUGGCAAGGAGCUGGGCCCCGUGCUCCGCAAGGUCAGGAUCGCCCGGUUUACCGGCGAAAAGGCGGUAACGUCUCUCGAAGUCUACCCACUUCGCUUCGCCGAGGAGAGGAAGCCGGCGGGCGGAGACGGUCGUGACGCCGCCGCCUCCGCGGUAGGGAGUCUCAAAGAGCCGUCAACCUUGCGAGACAAGCUCAUCGCCCGGGGCGAGGUGUUCCUGCAAGUUACUGGCGUAAAGCACAUGCAUUACAGCGGCCUCACGCUCGACACGCGGGACGAAAUCGACAACGACGUUGUGGUUGACUUCGAGGAGGCCUUUUCGCACGCCGCUAAGACAAAGGAAACGGGCUCUAAGGUUACUACCGGGGAGGAGGACGGUGACGAAAACAAAUCGCAGGGGGGUGAGCCGGACCCUAGCCAAAGCUGGAGACCGUACCUCGAUAACCUCAUAGGGCAGUCGCUCGACGAGGACUUUGACGCAGACGAGUUCUGCGACGCAGCCUGCUGUUCCCGCAUGGAUACUCUGAUUUACCACGACGUUAAAUUCGAUAAGAAACGGAACGAGGCCUACAUGAACUUCCUCAAGACCGAGAUCGACCAGCAGGAGCCGUCCCUAGCCACCUACCCGCGCCCGCUUGCCGAAGUCAAGGCCCAUGGAAACCUGCCAUCUGAGGAUGAACUUCUUAUCAUGUCUUACCGCGUGUUUGGCUUCGUUCUUCGGACCCGCAAAUGGGCGCAGCUCAGCCUCGACCAUCUCGAGCCGACCGAGGAGGCACACCAGCGCAGGGCGAAGGGCGAUGGCGGUGGCAGCGGACCGCCAGGGACUGGCGACGCGUACGUGGCCGUGGCUCCGCCAGACAAGCAGCCUAAGCUGCUGGAACACACCGCCUUCGACCAGCUUGUUCUCCCAGACGGGCAUCACAAAAUGGUUACCUCGCUCGUCACCCAGCAUUUCCGGGACAAGAACCCCGCAAGCAAGGUUGACGUAGUCCGAGGCAAGGGAAAAGGAUUGAUCAUCCUCCUCCACGGUGCGCCCGGCGUAGGUAAAACGACGACGGCAGAGGGGAUCGCCGAGAAGUUCAACAAGCCGCUGUUCCAGAUCACAUGUGGCGAUCUGGGAACAUCUGCGCCCGAAGUCGAGAAGGCCCUGGAAUCGCACUUCUCGCUGGCAAACCGAUGGGGAUGCAUCCUGCUGCUCGACGAAGCCGACGUCUUUAUGGCCGCACGGUCGAAGGAGGACUUCAAACGGAACGGACUCGUCUCGGUCUUCCUGCGCGUGCUUGAGUAUUACGCCGGCAUCCUAUUCCUAACGACCAACCGCGUCGGCGAUUUCGACGAGGCCUUCGCGUCCCGCAUCCACAUCAGCCUCUAUUACCCGCAGCUUGACGACAAAAGCACUAGGGCCAUUUUUGACCUUAACCUUAAAAUGAUCGACGAUCGUUUCAGGCUGGCUGAGCGCAUGAUCGAAAUUGAAAAGGAUAAGAUUAUCGACCACGCCCUGGCUUACUUUGAUAAAAACCCGGAAGAGCGCUGGAACGGACGCCAGAUCCGCAACGCGUGCCAGACGGCGCUGGCGCUUGCUGAGUUCCGCGCACAGGACAACCCCCUGCAGGUCCCGGACCCCAGCGCCGUCGUGCAUUUGACGGCGGGCGACAUUGAGGAUGUUUCCAAGGCGUACCUCGAAUUCAUGCAGUACCUUACCAAAAUCAGGGGCAAGGACGCCGAGAGGUGGGCAAAGGGCAUGAAGCUGCGAGCGCGCGAGAUUGAUGUCAUGGUUUACGCCGCGGCCAAAGACCGCAUCCAGCACACCGACAGCGCGGUGGCCGCCGGCUCUGCAGUUCCCGCUGCCACCCCUCGUGGCCCCGUUGGCAGCUCCCUGGCCCAACCGCCAACCACCUUGCCGAUGACGCCGGCCGCUAGCUUCUCCCACUCGGCGCCGGCUCCUCUACCGGGUCACCCUCCAUUGGCCUCCCCCCAGGCCGGCACUGCUUCUGUUCGUCCAACUUCUCCAGCGCCCACGCCGGAAGCGCCGCCGCAUCAGCCUCAUCAGUACCAGGGACAGCAGAACCUCGCGCCGCCACGUCAGCCUCCACAGUACCAGGGACAGCAGAUCAUCAUGCCGCCGCAGCAACCUUCCACCCCGUGGCAGUACGGCGGUUACGGUGCUGGCCAAUAUGGCGCCCCGCAGCAGCCCCAGUUCAGCGUCCCCGGAUACCCGCAGCAGUACGGCACCCCGGAGCAAAACAUGUUGUAUUGGCAGCAGCAGCAGCAACAGCAGCAGCAGCAGCAGCAACAGCAGCAACAGGCACCACCACAUCAACCAGUGCCGCCACAUGAAGGCCGAUGAUGUGUGUGCGCCAGUGAUGGCCCGGAGACAAACGAGCGCUGCAGCCGUUGAAGGAUGUAUUAUCCCGAACGGACGAGGCAAACUUGGCGGUGAGUGGGAGCAAAUCUGAGUAACGGUCGGAGGAGCAAAAAAGACAAAACAUACAACACUGAGGAUUCCCCAGUGGUCACCCACGUCGGUACUAGUUUGGCCCUCACUGGUUUGACUAGGGAGAGCGGACGGGAUCCCGUGUAUUCCAGUGGGUAUGGUCGUAUGUGUCUGUUGAUACGUGAGAAUUGCCUUAUCAAUGUCUGGUAUUAGUCACUUUUUGUUACCUUGCAGAGUAAAACAAGAUAAAUUGAUGCUCGCUACAGAAAAAAUGUGAAGCUCCCAACACAAAUCCCAAUUUGGAUUAGAACGAGGGCAGGAAGGGAUGGGCGAAGAAUAGAAAC